ACUGCGGACACAGUACAGGAGCUUACCAGAGACUGCGGACACAGUACAGGAGAUGACCAGAGACUGCGGACACAGUACAGGAGGUGACCAGAGACUGCAGACACAGUACAGGGGAUGACCAGAGACUGUGCACAUAGUACAGAAGAUGACCAGAGACUGCAGACACAGUACAGCAGAUGACCAGAGACUGCGGACACAGAACAGAACAGGAGAUGACCAGAGACUGCGGACACAGUACAGGAGAUGACCAGAGACUGCGGCCACACAGUACAGGAGAUGACCAGAGACUGCGGACAGUACAGGGGAUGACCAGAGACUGCGGACAACAGUACAGGAGAUGACCAGAGACUGCGGAC